CUGCAUCCACUGGUGUCUCUUUUAGGAAUAGUUGUAUUUAUUGUAUUUUCAUAAAUAUAUAUGUUUUGGGGAGGAGAUUUUCUCUGAACUACUCACGCUGCCAUCUUCCUGUGAUACUGGUGUGUGUUACUUCACUUGGCCCUGCCCCUGAACUCACUGGGCAGGAGUUACAUUUCUGUUCCAAAUAGGGGACCCAAAUUCCUGAGAGUUUUAGCAAGUUCCAAGGUUACACAGCUAGCAGUGAUAAAGCCGGGACAGCAGUUUGGGGCUCCUAAGGCCGAGUUCAGCCAGUACUUAGGUUCCACAUCACAGGUGUGUGUUCAAGAGAAGCAUCUUGGAUGUUAGGGCUAAUGAGGGAGAUGACCUGAGGGCCAUGGCCUCCAGCCCAAGAGGGCAUCUGUGGCUCUAAGUCUACUUGUAAAACUGUGUGCACAUGAUCUGCUCAUUAUCAGUAGCAGACUCCCCCUGGCCAGGUGGACCCCUACCAUCUAAACCCCAGGUCCUGGGACAAGAAGGUUGUCACUGAGGAAGGGCACUUCAGACCCUGGUCUUACUGUCUCCCCCAUCCUUUGUCUGAAAUCUCAAAAGGCAAAUAGCUGACUGUGAGGGAGGGUGUUAGAGAGGGUCUUCUAUGGGUGGGUGUUAACAGAACUGAGUGGUUAGAACCUUAGAGCUGGAAGGGGUCCAGUCCAGCCUCCUCAUCUUACAGAGGCAGAAGCUAGGGCUCAGAGAAGGGACCCCACAUGCCCAGGUUCAUGCUGUGAGUUAGCAGCAGAAAUGUUUCAUGCGUUUUUGAGGUCCAAAGAGGGAGGGUGCAAGACUUUAAUGUUUAGCAACUGAAAGAACCCAUUUCUGAGCCUCAUGUCUGUGCUGACAUUUCCUUCACCAUGUGCCGCCUGAGGAGCGCUCACUUCUGCCCCGCACAGGUGAUGCUGACUUUAGAGAACAAGGACAUGAAGGGAUUCACGUGGGCCAUAGCCCCGGCCAUGACCUCCCUGGGCUACCUGCUCAUACUGCUGGUCUCCAUCUUUCCCUUCUGGGUGCGGCUGGUGAAUGAGGAGUCCCAGGAAGUGUUUUUCAGUGGCCUGUUUGAAAACUGCUUCCAUAUCAAAUGCUGGAAGCCUCGACCCUUAUCUGUGUACAUCAUCCUUGGCCGUGUCUUCCUGCUGUCUGCGGUGGUCUUGUCUUUCUUCACCACCUUCAUCCUGGUGUCCUUUGCAUCCCAGCUCUUCCCAAGGAUCCGGAAGCAGAAUUUUGUGACAGCCUCCAUCAGCUUCCUCACAGGGGCCUGUGCUUUCCUGGCCUUGUUGCUGCAUGCCUUGGAGAUGCAGAGUCUGAGGACCAAGCUGAGUCCCCACCAGUUCUCCGUGCAGUGGCCUUACUAUGUCCUGAUCUUUGGCAUUCUUCUCUUCAUAGUGGCUGGUGCCAUCUGCCUCUUUCAAGAAACAGCCUACCUUGACUGCCAGUUGUUGCCUAUUUCCCAGAAUACCGAGGAGACCCAAGGGAUCCAGCACCAGGAGAAUCUGAAGAGUCUGGGAGGAGACCUGAUCUCAAUACAAAAGGAGACCCUGCUCAAGGAAGAAACAAUUAUUUAGUCCAGGAUAGACUGUCCUCUGCCCUCCAUCCAUCUGUGGGAGUGUACCUGAGUAGGUGUGUGUGGCUCCCCCUUUGUGGCCAGUCUCUGCUACUUUGGAUGAGUUUCUUGAGACUCAGAUCAACCCUCCACUUCCCCAUACUCACAGUGACUCUAUCUUGCUUAUAUUUGAAAUUUGUUAAAAGUUUUAAAAAUUCUUCUGACAGCUUCCUGAGUGAUUUUUGUUUUUGCAGGUGUUUUCAAUAAAAGGACUACUGUGUGUUAAUCUAUACCUCAAAAACAAACAAACAAAUGAACAAUAACGAAACAAAAUCCAAAAAACAAAAAACCUAACCAACCAACCUAAAAAAAAAAAACCAACCUCCAAAACUAAAACCAGCCUGGAGGGAAAGAAGGGAGGGAGGAGGAAUAUUACAAAAUGACCAAGUGAAAUGAGCAUUUGUGAAACAAUAACUGAACCAGACAAGACUAUAACCACAAAAGAAGGUGUUGUUUAAGUUAGUGACAUUAAAAGAAAAAGUGAUGUCCCCAGACAAAAGUGUGACUCAGUCCAGGAAUCUGCUUAAGUACGUGUUGGAGGGAAGGGUUGGGAGUAAGUAAAGGUGAACGCUUCCCCAAGAAGGAACUCCAGGUCUGAGACUCAGAGCCCAAUGAGUCUGUGCCUCUGGGCAUAGGCGAGAGAGAAAACAGAAGAUGAAGUCAUUUAGUAAAUGACAAAGGCCACAUCUCAAAUCAAUGAGAACGGCCUUUUUAAAAGAAGACAAUUUGUUGGUCAUCUGCAAGGAGAUCAUUUUGGGUCCAUACCUUAUAACACUUGCUAAGGCCAAGUCCGGUUGGGCUCACAGAUCUCAGAUUAUUUUAUGUUACAAAUUACACCCUCAGUCCAUCUAGGAAAUAUGUCAGAUAGCUUUCCUUCACCAACAGGCACUCACAUCCAAGAGGCAGGAGCCUGAACCUUAUCAUCCAGGGGCAAGAGAAACUACUCGAUGGGCUCAAUCUGUCUCGGAAAACCGAACUUUACCUAACAAUACCAAAAAGCAUUCUUCAGCUUGCCUUGGAGGAGAAGACACAGGGAAGAACACAUUCUGGAAGAGGCAGGAGAUGGGAGCAGAUCACAGGUUUCCAGGUCAGCUCUGGAGACAAGAAAGGGGCUCCUCUAAACUGGGAAGAAAAGAAUCAAAGAAGAGUGAUGAUCUAGGUCAGGACUCAGCAAACUUUUCCUAUGAAGGGCCACAUAGAAGCUAUCCUAGGCUUUGCAGGACACAGUUUUUGCCUAUUCCUCUUUGUUUUUAUAAUCCUUUACACAUGGGAAAACCACCUUCAGCUCACAGUCAGGGGUGAAUUUGGCACAAGGGCUGUGGUUUGCUGACCCCCUGAGUUGGUUAUUUUUCAGUUCUUCGAGAGAGGUGUUAAAGGACUUCAUUCUUGGUCUCUUAAGGAAGUUAUCUACUGAGAGUGCAUGGGACAAUGACAGGCUGAGAGCUUAAAUAAUGCAGUAAAAAUUGGAAUCUCUGUUGUGAAGAAUGAUGCAAGAGAAGAUCGCAGUGUAAAUGGAAAGACUGCCAGGCAGCGCUGGACGCCCAGGUGAGACUGAGAAUAAAGCAGAACGACAGCAACAAGUGACCGAAUCCACACAACUGCUUGUGUGAUCUGGGGGCAGAUGUGCAGGAAACAAAGCUGCCUUAACCCAUUACUGAGACUUGUCAUGACGAUUAUGAGAGAAUGCCAAGGGGAGGGAAUGAGGGCUCUGGUGCGAGGUUGUAUUGAGCAACCAUGGGUUCAAGCUGAGCAGAGGAAGAAUGGAAACCAAAAGGAAAAUGAAGCUGAGUCAGAAGUUAGGAUGGGGACCUAAAUCAGGUUUCAGGAAUUUUUCCAGAAAUAUUAUAGGCAAACUGAGCAUAAAAUGCAUAUCCUUUCUGUUUUCCAUCGACAGAAUCAUGUUAUAUUCUGUUCUGCACUUUCCUUUUAUUCACUAAACAAUAGCUCUUUCCAUACCUACAUAUAUCGUUCUACCCCCUUCUUUAUAACAACUGCACAGUACUCUCAUGACUUGUGAACCUUACUGGUGGACAUUUAGGGUGUUUCCAGCAUUAAGAUUUACCAGAAAUCUGGAAUGAACAUUGUUACAUAUAAUUCCUUGAGCACUUUUUUGCAAAUAAAUCAGAUGAACUCCUGUACAUGGAGUUGUUGGGUCUAAAUGUUAUAUGCAUAAAAUCUAUUGCCAAAUUAUCCCGCAAAGAGUCUGCACCAAUUUCCACUCCAAUGAACGCCAACACUGGAUGUUACCAAGUCGUUUAAUCUUUACCAAUCUAAUAAGUGAAAUAAAUCGUGUCCCAGUUUU